AUGUCCCCAGGUCGACUGAUUCAACAGGAUGAGUAUGACUUCAUCAUCUGCGGAGGAGGCACAUCAGGAUGUGUGGUCGCUGGCCGUCUAGCCGAGUAUUUCUCAGAUGCCAGAAUACUGCUCAUUGAAGCCGGUGCACACAACAAAGACCUGGAGAACGUGCAUAUGGUGGGCGGCUGGUCCAAGAACUUUGACACAGAGAAUGACUGGAAUCUCGUGUCGAAGCCCAUGAAGGGCGUCGAUGGCCGCCAGGUCAAGCUCAGUAGAGGUCGGUUCCUUGGAGGUAGCUCGGGAGUCAAUGGGACGCUCGUGGUAAAGGGCACUAAGCAAGAUUAUGAUGACUGGGACCUACCGGGUUGGUCGGGGGAUGAAAUGUUCGAGUACAUGCGAAGAGCAGAGAAAUUCAACGACAAGGAUUGGUUUCACCCAGACCCAAAGACUCCUCACGGGUCGAAGGGCUAUUUGAAUACAGAGCCUCACGAUCUUGCGCCUAUUUCAAAACUUAUGUUGCAAUCCAUGGAGUCACAGGGCCUGCCAAUGAUACCCGAUCUCUGCUCGAAUGGAAAUUGCGCCCAUGGCUGCGGUCAUGCUGCUCGAACACACCAUAAAGGCGUUCGAAGCACCGGCGCGGACUUCGUCACGAACAAAAAUCACCGCGAAAACAUCGAAAUUCUGACAGACGCAACAGUCGACAAGAUCAACUUCGACACUACUGAUGGAUCAAAGCCACGUGCAGUGAGUGUUAGCCUUGCUGUUGCCGGCUCGAACAAGCGCACUGUCCAUGCCAGCAAAGAGAUCAUCAUCUCGGGCGGCGCUUAUUGCACUCCAGCUGUCCUUAUGCGCAGUGGUAUCGGACCUCGAUUUGAGCUUCUGAAUCACAACAUUCCGCUUCUCGUCGACUCGCCUGGCGUAGGUCAGAAUCUACUUGACCACUUGAUCACGUUUGCAUUCUACGAGGUCAACCAGUCAAAUCUGACUAACGAUCAUCUGGUAUAUCAUUCACCGGAAGCUGCCCUCAACGCGUAUGAGCUCUACAAGUCGACCAAGACGGGAGUGCUCUCCACCUUCCCUUUUGGCGCCUUCGGCUUUGCACGUCUCGAUGACAGACUUGCUUCAUCACAACUCUGGCAAGCUGCUACUCGAAGAGCUCCUGCUGGCCGGGACGCUAUGGCUCUCACCCCCUCACAGCCGCACAUCGAGUUCUUCACCACCGAAUUGUAUGGAGGCCCCAAGCAAUACGUCGACUUUCCGAUCAACCAGCAGCAUGCGUUCGCCAUGAUCACCGAGCUUUUCUCGCCGCGGAGCAAAGGGACCGUGACGCUCGCCUCGGCGGAUCCCGCCGAGAACCCCAUCAUCGAUCACAACUAUCUGGCGGAUCCGCUUGAUCUGCUUGUCAUGACCGAGGGCUUACAACUAGGCAACGAAAUAGUGACUCGCGGCUCGGGAACUCGCGACCUGAUCAAAGGCUCGUGGCCUCCCAGCUCAAAGCAUCAUACUUACACCGAGCGGUCGCAAUGGGAAGAUUACGCUAGGCAGCAUGCGACAACGUGCUACCACGCUGCAGGGACCGCGAAGAUGGGCAAGGACGGUGACCCGAUGGCAGUUUUGGACCAUACUUGA